ACCGUUGCUGCUGCUGCCGCGGACCACCACUUGGCCACUUGACCACGCCUUCUACUCCUUCAUCCAUCAAAAUCAGUCAAAAUGGGUUCGAACAAGCCUCGUGGUCUCCAGGCCGCCCGUAAGCUCCGCACGUCGCGUCGCGAGAACCGUUGGGCCGACAAGGACUACAACAAGCGCGCCCUCGGCAAGUUCUACAAGACCUCGCCCACCGGUGGUUCGUCGCACGCCAAGGGCAUCGUCCUUGAGAAGGUCGGUGUUGAGGCCAAGCAGCCCAACUCGGCUAUCCGCAAGUGUGUCCGUGUCCAGCUCAUCAAGAACGGCAAGAAGGUCACCGCCUUCGUCCCCAACGACGGCUGCCUCAACUUCACCGACGAGAACGACGAGGUCCUCAUCUCCGGUUUCGGUCGCCGUGGAAAGGCCAAGGGUGAUAUCCCCGGUGUCCGCUUCAAGGUCGUCAAGGUCUCGGGCGUCGGCCUCCUCGCUCUCUGGAAGGAGAAGAAGGAGAAGCCCCGUUCGUAAGCGUACGGGUGUUUCCUUGCUGCUACCAUUUAUCGCAUUGGGAGAUGCACUGUAUGACUGAGUGGUCGCGCAAGGAGGGAUAUUGAUGGUCGUGACAUUGCGCCGUGGGCGGAUGUCGCGGCCAGGGCUGGCGCAGCUGCCGCGCCAUUAGAUGCACGUCGUUGCU